CUGUCCAGCAACUGUCAAAAGAUUUGACAGAAGAACUGACAAAACCUAAAGUCAGCCGACUGAUUAAUGUAGGUAAAUGGUUAGGUUUGACUUCUUUUUUUACAAAAUGUGCUUAGUUUUAUAAAGCUUAGUAAUAAAAUACAUAUUACACAACAAUUUUUAAUAACCCUCUGAGUUCUGACUUAUACAGUAUAGGAAUCUGAAGUCCGCCAUGUGAUAUUAGAAUACAGUGUGCUUACAUUAUUAAAUAACAUAUAAAAUCAAAUUUGGAAUAUCUUUUAAGAGUUACGUGUUUGGCAUUAUCGUAUAUUUCUAAAAUAAGUAGUAGAAGCUUAUUUCGCAAUGUCACCGAAAACGGAUGUAGUUAAAACGAACAUGGUGAGAGUGUAUGAUUUAAAUGAAUAUGAAAAGUUGCUUAGAGGCAUAAGGGUGGCUGCUUGUAUGAUAACUGAAUCACAUCAAAUUGUGGAUGAAGCCAGUGUAUUAAAACGUCUAAACACUUUGACAAUCAAUGGUGCUACAGAUGGCAACUGCUGCUCAUGUUGUGGAAUUGGCCCAUUUACGUCUAGAUCCCAGCAAACCGCCCAUUAUAAACACCACUGGCACACCCAUAACUUGAAAAGGAAACUCUUUGGAAAAGCUGCUCUGACUUUAGGACAGUUUAGUUCUAGAAAUGGUACGUACAAUAUUAUUUAAUUAGGAGAAAGAAUCUCUCUACAUCUGCUCACCUUAAACUCUCAGUAUUUUACAUUUUUUUGUAUUACUACACAGCACUAUUCUACAAUUUUCCUUCAUGUUGUAUCACAUUCUUAUCUAAUAAUUCUUAACAGCUGCAAAGAGGAGCUGUCAACAGAUGGAGGUGAUGCGUGGGUUGAGCGUUGCCAACGUCUCGCGAUCGGUGGCUAUCAACGCUGGGCGAUCUUGAUGGUUUCCGGUGGCCACUUUGCUGGGGCCAUCUUCUCCGGAGGAGUUCCUGUUGUUCAUAAGACCCAUCAUUCGUAUGUGACUCGGAGGGGACAAGGCCAGGCUCAAGUUAAUAGAGAUCAGCACGGCAAUGCCCCAAGGUCUUCUGGUGCAAGUUUAAGGAGGUACAAUCAGGCGCAAUUUUUACAACAUGUCCAAGACAUUAUGGCCAGUUGGAUAGAAGACCUGAGGGGUUGUUACCUAAUACUCUACCGCGCUUCCGGCUCGCUUAACCAAUCUGCUUUAUUCGGCAAGAAUUCCCCAUUGACCCGGGAGGACCCUCGUGUGAGGGCGCUACCUUUUCCAACCCGUAAACCUACUUAUAAAGAAGUGAAGAGGGUCCAUGAAACAGUUGCCAGCGUGGAGGUGUACGAUACCAUGGAGCUAUUCCAAAAAGCAUUGAUCGCUUCGACCAGCAAGCCAGCUACUAAAACGGGCUCUGAAACAUCAAGUGCAUUGAUCAACAAGAAAACGCAGAAGGGUCAGAGCAAACCGAUCGAUAGAGCUAAAUCAAGGGAACGCACACCCCGUGAACUCCCCACGCAAAUCGUAUCAAGCGAAGUCGAAGAAUCUUGUUUCAUUGACUCUGAGACUCCAGUGGGUUGGAUAAAGACCCUUUCAGAGCAAAGCACCAACGGGGUGAUCACUGACUCUCGAAAAGACCUCCUAAAUGACUGCGCGAUUGACAACUCCUCCGAUAGUGAGCAGACUAACGUGGCUGUGAAAAAAGAAAAUAAUGUAAAAGUGCAAAAGAAAAAGAAGGUAGAAGUUAAACAGACGGUCAAGAAGCCGCCGUUGAAAAUAUCAGCGAAUGUUAAACAGAUGUGGAAAAUAAUAUCGGGCAAGGAUCUAAACUCCUUGGAGACUAUACUGGAAGAUUUCGAGGCAGCUGAACUCGAAGCGGCUUGCAACACUCAAGACCCAGUGGAUGGCAACACCGCACUGCACAAAGCGGCUAUUGCGGAGAAACCUGAAAUGGUGACUCAAAUCCUCACCGCCGGUGGUGACCCGUGCAUACGUAACCACGCGCUUCAAACUCCAUACGCCGCAUCUCCCCACCAGGACACGCGUAUUGCCUUCCGUUUGUUUCAGGCUCAGUUUCCGGAUAAAUACAAUUACAAUAAGUCUCACAUCCCCGGCCCUGUCACACCGGAACAGCUUGAGCAAGAGAAAGAGCGGAAAGCGCAGCAGAAGAAAGCAAAGAGACAGCGGGACAAGGAAAAACAAGCUGAGAAGAACAAGAUAAAUAAUUUCCUGAACAUGACUGAUGUUCAGAAGGUAAGAGCUGAUCUCAUAAUGAGAUGCUUCCUAUGCGGGUCGAAGCUCCCAAGGCCUCCGUUUGAGUACAACAACUAUUCAUUUUGCUCCAUCAAGUGUUUACAGAACCAUCGGAAUUUACGACCUUUGCAUAAUAGCGCGUAA